CCGCAUUUUUCUCGACGCCUUCGCUAGCUCUCUCCUAUAUUUAACAAAUCGUAAAUUUUCGAGAAAAUAAAAAGAAAACAAAAGAAACCCAAAAAAAACUAAAAAACGAAAAGGCGCCGACGUAGUUUCUUUUUUAAAGAAGCAUUUGGAUUUCUCCAAUUUAAUUAACUGUUUUUCUCCAUCAUCCCAUUUCUACGUCCUCAUCACGCUGCAUGGCUAAGGUUCCCUCAGAGCCAAACUGCGUCGACGGGAGAGGGACGGGACGAACAAUGGGAGGGGGAGGACGAGGACGAGGAGAGGCGAGGAGCGUCGCGGAGAAGCGCAGCGGCGAUGGCCAUGGCGACGGUGAGGGUGAGGGCGAGGGCGAGGGGAAGCGCGGCGGCGGGGGCGGGGAUCAGAAGGUGCCGCUGCACAGACUGUUCACGUUCGCGGACGCGCCUGACGUGACGCUGAUGGCGGUCGGCACCGCGGCGGCGGUCGCCAACGGGCUGGCGAUGCCGCUCAUGACCUUCAUCUUCGGCCAGCUCAUCGACGCUUUCGGCGUCGCCAACCGCGAAUCCGUCGUUCGUAGCGUCGCCAAGGUUGUUCUGAAAUUUGUCUACCUUGCUGGUGCCUCUGGUGUUGCGGCAUUUCUCCAGGUGUCAUGCUGGAUGGUGACCGGAGAGAGACAGGCAUCACGCAUUCGUCGCCUGUACCUCAAAGCGAUACUUAGGCAGGAUAUGGCAUUCUUUGACAACGAAACAACGACUGGAGAAGUGAUCGGAAGGAUGUCUGGCGACACGAUAUUAAUCCAAGAUGCUAUUGGUGAAAAGGUUGCGAAGUUCAUUCAAUUGGUCUCGACUUUCUUUGGUGGCUUCAUCGUUGCAUUUACAAAAGGUUGGCUUCUCUCGCUCGUCAUGCUGUCGAGCAUUCCGCCUAUUGUUAUAGCUGGCGCAACCAUGUCUUUAACAAUAUCAAGAUUGUCAACCCGUGGCCAAGCUGCAUAUGCUGAAGCGGGAAACGUGGUAGAGCAGACAGUAGGAUCUAUCAGAACAGUUGUAUCUUUCACUGGUGAGAAGCGAGCCAUCGACAAGUACAACAAAUUCGUCAAUUCUGCGUACAAAUCAGCUAUUCACGAGGGAACUGCUGCUGGCAUGGGCAUUGGCUGUGUUCUGUUCGUCGUCUUCAGCAGCUACAGCUUAGCUGUAUGGUAUGGUUCCAAGCUGAUCAUUGAGAAAGGGUACAACGGAGGGGCUGUUAUUAAUGUCAUCAUGGCUAUUAUGACCGGUGCAAUGUCUCUAGGUCAGGCAUCACCGUGUAUAAAUGCCUUUGCGUCAGGACGAGCUGCAGCAUAUAAGAUGUUCGAGACAAUCUACAGAAAGCCAGAAAUCGAUGCCUACAACGAGAAUGGCCUUGUGUUGGCAGACAUUAAGGGCGAAAUCGAUCUAAAAGAUAUCUACUUCAGCUACCCCGCAAGGCCUGAUCAGUUGAUAUUUGACGGCUUCUCGUUGCAUGUUUCGAGCGGCACAACUAUGGCUCUAGUUGGAGAGAGUGGCAGCGGGAAGUCGACCGUGAUUAGUUUGGUCGAGAGAUUUUAUGAUCCUCAGGCAGGUGAAGUGCUCAUAGAUGGUGUGAAUUUGAAGGAACUUAAACUAACCUGGAUAAGGGAGAAAAUUGGGCUUGUUAGCCAAGAGCCCAUAUUAUUUACCACUACCAUCAAAGAGAACAUUGAAUAUGGUAAGGAAGGUGCGACCAUGGAUGAAAUUCGGAGAGCAAUGGAGCUAGCAAAUGCUGCAAAGUUCGUUGAUAAGUUGCCGAAUGGGUUGAACACGAUGGUCGGUGAACAUGGCACUCAGCUUUCCGGUGGACAAAAGCAGAGGAUCGCAAUUGCAAGGGCUAUCCUAAAGAACCCCAGAAUCUUACUUUUGGACGAAGCGACAAGUGCAUUGGACGCAGAGUCUGAAAGGAUAGUUCAAGAUGCGCUUGUAAAGAUCAUGGUGGACCGGACAACCAUAGUCAUUGCUCAUCGGCUGACCACCGUAAAGAAUGCUGAUAAAAUAUCAGUCGUGCAGCGCGGAAAACUAAUAGAGCAAGGUUCGCACGCCGAACUGAUCAUGAACCCUGACGGCGCUUACUCUCAACUCAUACGCCUGCAGGAGGUCAAUAGCGGAAAGGAAGAAGCAGCCACAGUAGGAUUAGGAAAACAAACUUCGACCUCCUCUGUGGGCCGAUCCUAUAGUAGGAAUUUAUCCUUUGAGAGAUCAAUUAGUAGAGGUUCCUCGGUCGGAAGAAGUAGCAGACGUUCUUUCACUAUCAACUUAGGCAUUCCUGCUGCUGUAGAGUAUCUGACAGAUCAGCCCAUAGGAGAUGAGGUUGGCGGAGGAGAGCACAACUGUAGUGACAAGGAGAAGAGGAAAGUUUCUGUGAGACGACUGGUCUCUCUGAAUAUGCCAGAGAUCCCAAUUCUUCUUUUAGGAUCAAUAGCUGCAGCUGUCGGUGGAGUUAUUCUCCCUGUGUUUGGUGUCUUGAUUUCAAGUGCCAUCAAGACAUUCUAUGAGCCGCCGCAGCAACUACGAAAAGAUGCAAGGUUUUGGGCACUAAUGUAUGUACUUUUAGGCGUCAUUUCUUUCAUUACAGUGCCCGUUCAACACUUCUUGUUCGGUUUAGCUGGCGGAAAGCUGAUUGAACGGAUUCGUUCGUUGUCUUUCAAGAAGGUGGUUUACCAAGAGGUCAGCUGGUUUGAUGACCCUGAAAACUCCAGUGGAGCAAUAGGUGCAAGGCUAUCAGCAGAUGCUGCGUCAAUCAAAAGUCUUGUUGGGGAUUCCUUGGCAUUGAUGGUUCAAAAUUUGGCUACUGUUACUGCAGGUCUUGCCAUUGCCAUGUUUGCCAACUGGAAGCUAGCACUCGUAGUCCUAGUCAUUCUUCCCUUAAUGGGAGCACAAGGAUAUGCCCAGAUGAGAUUUCUCAAGGGAUUCAGUUCAGAUGCCAAGAAAAUGUAUGAAGAAGCAAGCCAGGUUGCUAAUGAUGCAGUCGGCAGUAUUCGGACUGUGGCUUCAUUCUGCGCGGAGCGCAAGGUUAUGAGUAUUUACGCAGAGAAAUGUGAUGCUCCAAUGCAGCAAGGAGUUAGGCAAGGAGUAAUAAGUGGCUUGGGCUACGGUUUCUCCUAUUUGCUGCUCUACUGCACUUACGCUCUCUGCUUCUACGUCGGUGCUCGGUUUGUCCAUGAUGGAACUGCAACUUUCAGCCAAGUUUUCAGGGUGUUCUUUGCUUUAACCAUGGUAGCUGUUGGAGUUUCACAGUCGAGUGCGAUGGGUCCUGAUGCUUCCAAAGCGAAGCAUGCGGCUGCUUCUAUCUUUGCGAUUCUCGAUAGGAAGUCCAAGAUCGAUGCCAGCGUUAAUGAAGGAACGGAGUUGGCAAACGUGAGGGGAGAAAUUGAGUUCCAGCAUGUAAGCUUCAAGUACCCAACUCGACCUGAUGUGCAGAUCUUUAGAGAUUUGUGCUUGACAAUUCACUCCGGAAAGACUGUUGCACUUGUUGGGGAGAGCGGCUGCGGAAAAUCAACAGUGAUAGCGCUGCUGGAGAGGUUUUACGACCCCGAUGAAGGCAUGAUCUUGUUAGACGGUGUGGAAAUCAGAAGCUUGAAGAUCAGCUGGCUUAGGCGGCAGAUGGGGCUGGUUGGCCAGGAGCCCGUGCUGUUCAACGACACCAUACGUGCCAACAUAGCCUACGGCAAGCAAGGUAAUGUGACGGAGGAGGAGAUCAUCACGGUGGCCGAGGCGGCCAAUGCCCACCGCUUCAUAUCGGCGCUCCCUCAGGGCUAUGAGACCAAUGUCGGGGAGAGAGGAGUGCAGCUGUCGGGCGGGCAGAAGCAGCGCAUUGCAAUCGCGAGGGCGAUCUUAAAGGACCCGAAAGUGCUUCUUCUAGAUGAAGCGACGAGUGCGUUGGAUGCAGAAUCCGAGCGAGUGGUGCAGGACGCGCUCGAUAAGGUGAUGGUGGGGAGGACGACCAUCGUUGUGGCACAUCGGCUGUCGACGAUUACUGGAGCUGAUGUGAUCGCAGUCGUUAAGGACGGCGUCAUCGCGGAGCAAGGUCGGCACGAGAUGCUGCUCAAGAAUGCAAAUGGGGUUUACGCAUCCCUUGUUGCACUUCACUCCAGCUCUACGUGAUCAGAAGAAGUUCGUUGCUUCCCACGGUACGUACAAGUCUGGAUCAUUGCAUUAAUUAUAAGGAUGAUCCUGGGACUUUAUACUUCUCAUAAGCAGCUAUUCUUGCGUUACCGUUGAAAGUUAAAUUUUGCGCUAAUUUCUCUUUACCCGCUUCCUCCUGUAGACAUUAAAGUGAAAGCACACUUGAUCAAUUUUUCGUUCCUUUUUGUUUUUAAA